CAGAUGAUGAAGCAGAUGAUGUAUCUAUGAUUUCAGCUACAUUCCCAAACACAUGCAUAGUAACUCUUAAUAAAAUUAAGGAACAAUUUAAGUUCUAUGAUUUAGAGACAUCUAUUUGUGAUGCUCAUUUACACAUUGUUCUUGGAGAUAUUGAAGGUUUACAAUGGCAUCUUAACGUUGGGUUCGAUGAAAAUAGUUAUUAUGGACCUAUGAAUUUAAAGAGAAAUCUUUAUAUUGCAACAAAGAAGAUAUAA